GCAUCACCAAGAGAAUAUAGCUGUAUAUUCACUUCUGGGGCAACGGCUGCACUAAAGCUUGUUGGGGAGACCUUCCCAUGGAGCAGUACCAGCAGUUUUAUGUAUUCAAUGGAGAAUCAUAACAGCGUCCUUGGGAUUAGGGAGUAUCCUGAAUGGAUUAAACCUUACCUCAAAUUUUGUCAUGCAGAGUGCUGAUGUCAAUUGAUUUUUUAGGAAAGCUGUCCCUCUUUUGCUGUAUAUUCAGUUUCUUAGGAAAGGCUCCCGAAAGGCAUGAACCUUUCCGGCUUUAUAUUUCAGCACAUGAUGACAUCUCUACAUGUCACUGCAUCUGGACCACGCUAUUUUUGGACAUUUGAAAGAAUUACCAGGACUUGCAUGUGUUAUCUAUUAUGUUUCAUAUAUGCUGACCUGAUUUGUGGCUAUGUUCGACCAUGUCUUUGUUGCUCUUAUCAUGCAUUUAAUCAUUGUAGUGGUUCUUUUUAUUCUAAGAUUCCAUUCACUUUAAAAUAGCUAGUCCCACCACUUGCUGCUGAAGUGAGGUGUUGAAUUGUACUGUUUAUCUCAUGGAUAUGGUUAUACAUGUUUCUGGUAGAAUUUUCACUGUACCUCCAAGCGGAACUCUUAUACUUGACUGAUCCCAAUUUUAUCUAACCAGCCACAAAAAUUCUAAGCUUGUUCUUGAAGUGAGCCCAAAAAUCAGAGGACCCAAUUCAUCUGUAAUAUUAUAUUAUGUAUAUGCUAAUAUUUAGUCCAUACAGAUAACUUAUUAAGCCAGAAAAAUUAAAAGAGAAAAGGAGAAGGGUUUUACAUAGUAUGAAGAGUUUGGAGAAACAGUUGAGUAGAUGGAAGAUUUUGCAAUUGACCAGUUUCCAAAAAAAGAGGUUGACAUUGAAGAGGGCACACAUCGUAGUGAAUCAGAAAGCCCCAAGUCUAACUUAAAACUAACACAGCAUCACGUUCAGAGAAGAAGUGAAGGUGGAGUGCUGAAAGAAGGGAUGACAGGUAAGACAGGUAACGUGUACAACUUGUUUGCAUUCCCCUCAGAAUGCAAUUUUUCAGGUCGAAAAUUCGACCCUUACCUGGUUAAUACCAUCAAAGACGGAUCUGAAAGAAUCUUAGCAAGCUCCCAGUAUUGCAGAGGUUGCUGGUUGGUUCUGAUAGAUGCUGCUAAAGGAUGUGCGACCGAUCCACCAGAUUUAUCGAAGUUUAAAGCAGACUUUGUUGUCUUCUCGUUCUACAAGUUAUUCGGCUACCCAACUGGCCUUGGAGCACUCAUUGUUCGAAAUGAUGCUGCUAAGCUGAUGAAGAAGACCUACUUUAGUGGAGGCACGGUGGCUGCAGCUAUUGCUGACGUUGACUUUUUCAAAAGAAGAGAAGGUGUAGAGGAAUUUUUUGAGGAUGGAACCAUUUCAUUCUUGAGCAUAGCAGCAAUUCAACAUGGGUUCAAAAUAAUUAAUAUGCUAACAACAUCUUCGAUUUCCCGGCAUACAGCAUCACUUGCAGCAUAUGUGAGGAAUAAGCUUUUGGCGCUGAAGCAUGAAAAUGGAGAAUUUGUUUGCACGCUUUAUGGGUUAUUAUCUAGUGAAAUGGGUCCUACUGUUUCAUUCAACAUGAAAAGACCAGAUGGAACAUGGUAUGGUUAUCGUGAGGUGGAAAAAUUGGCAAGUUUGGCAGGAAUUCAACUGCGGACAGGAUGUUUUUGCAAUCCUGGUGCUUGUGCUAAAUAUCUUGGUUUGUCACACUUGGAUCUUCUUUCAAACAUUGAGGCUGGGCAUGUGUGCUGGGAUGAUCGUGACAUUUUACAUGGAAAACCAACUGGAGCAGUCAGAGUAUCUUUUGGUUACAUGUCAACAUUUGAAGAUGCCAUGAAAUUUCUGAACUUCGUGGAAAAUAAUUUUGUCAUAUUAUCGUCUAAUCGGUGCGCGUUGCAGCUAAGCUCUAUCUCUCCUCCAAUUGAAGGGACUGCAAAAGCUGCUGCACGACAUUUCCUCACAUCUAUUACUGUCUAUCCAAUAAAGUCUUGUGCGGGAUUUAGUGUGGAUCAGUGGCCUCUAACAUCUACUGGGUUAUUGUAUGAUCGUGAAUGGAUUCUCAAGAGCACAACCGGUGAAAUUCUUACCCAAAAGAAGGUUCCAGAAAUGUGCUAUAUUUCCACGCUGAUUGAUCUCAAUUUGGGAAAAAUGUUCUUAGAGUCACCUCGUUGCAAGGAGAAACUGCAGAUUGAACUCAAAUCCAGCUCACUUGUCACUGGAAGAGAUAAAAUGAAUAUCCAAAAUCAUAGAUAUGAAGUCCGAAGUUAUAACAAUGAGGUUGAUAUCUGGUUCAGCAAGGCAAUUGGUCGACCUUGCACUCUAUUAAGGAAUUCCGGUUCCCAGAGUUUCUCCUGCAUAGAUAAGAAUGGGAGUCCUGGCAUGUGCAGGGAUGUUGGCGCUAAAUUGAAUUUUGUUAAUGAAGCCCAGUUUCUGCUGGUAUCUGAAGAAAGCGUAGCUGACCUCAACUCUAGGCUGAAAUCAAGUGGACGAAAGAGCAAUGGCGGAAAAUCAGUUCAAGUUGGUGCAAUGAGAUUUCGACCCAAUCUUGUAAUAUCUAGUGGUGAGCCAUAUGCAGAAGAUGGAUGGAGCCAUCUAAAUAUUGGUGGCAAAUAUUUUUUGUCAUUGGGUGGUUGCAAUCGUUGCCAGAUGAUCAAUAUAAAUCCAGAGGCUGGUGAGGUGCAGAGGUUGAGUGAACCUUUGGCAACUUUAGCGGGUUACAGGAGAGCAAAGGGGAAAAUAUUGUUUGGCAUACUGCUAAGAUACGAGAAUAAUACGAAUACUGAUAUGAAAACCGAAUCAGAUGCAUGGCUUCGUGUAGGAGAAGAAAUAGUUCCAAAUGGUGAUGGGCAUUGAUUAUUUUCUCGGAAGUCCCUAUUUAAAACUUGUGAAUAGUCACAACAGUGGUGAUACAAACGUUCAAUGUUGUGAAGAAGGGGCGGAUACUUUCUCUCUCUACUCGCUAGAUCAAUACAUCAAAUUGUACUUUGUUGUUGUUGUUGUUCUCUGUAUGUACAUGAGUAUGUACUUCUAAAAGAACUUGGAUAUCUUCAUUCUUUGUAUCCAGUGUAAUUACAAUAAGUCAAUAACUAGUGAUAAUGUAUUCAUGUUCAUGUUCUUUGACCGAGUCCACAUUUGUGUCCGGUAUAUGCAAAUUUGUAGUUUGUGUAAUAUCUUGGUGUGCAACCCAUGGAUGCUCGAAUUUGCCAGUAUUGGCUUAUUUAUCAAUACCAUUCAUAUCCACUAUAA